AUGCAAGGCACUGUUGGUUCCUCCAAGGGCCAGGAGAGCGAGUCCUGGCUGCUUGGUUUUCUCAAGGACUGCGCCCAGCUGCAGGAGCUGAAUUUGGGGCGAGGCAUGUGGAAACUCAACUGGCAAUGUGUGAACACGGCGUGGUUCAAGACGAUCCGCAAGCUGACCCUAGAGCAGGUUCAUUACGGGAGCAUGAGCUUCCAGUUUCUCGAGAUUAUCACACGGCAGCUGCACGAGUUCACUCUCUACGAGGAUGGCAACGUGCAUCGCGAAUAUUCCCACGAGGCCUCCACCAGCCACCUCGCCUUCUCCUUCCCCAGCGCCCGCCUCCUCCGCUUCCGCUUCGCCAGCACUGAGCUUCACCUCACCCUCACCGUUCCGCCCUCCCUCGAGACUCUCUCAGUCGUGGCCAAAAGGCUGGUCCUCUCCUGCGAGAGCACCGCCCCUCUCGCUCUCCACCACCUCUCGCUGUACGGCCAGGAGCAGCUUGUUAUCUCCUCCCUCCGCCUCGCAUCCGCCCGGGUUGUCUACUUGGAUGGACCGGCCAAUGACCAGGAGGGUUUUUCCUGGACAGAAUGGCUUGACAUUAUAGCACCAACAGUGGAGGUGCUUAUAGUGAGGCACGGGGUGCCUAUAAAGAAGGUGGAGGCGGAGUGGGGGAGGUUGCUGAGACUUGGGAUUGUCGUGCCUCCGUGGGACAAGGAUACUCGUGCAAACAGCUGGAGUACGGGAUACGGCACCGAUGAUGAGAGUGAGUGUGAGGAGCAUUUGGACGAUGGCAGGUUGCGCUUUUCUUGGGCGGAUGAACCCGCCAUAAACGCCAAGAUAAGGGAUCGGGAGCGGUUGCUGAAGGCCUUCUUCAAGCCGCCGUCCAUCCGCGCUCCGAAUCUGCGGUUUCUCUUCUUCCCCACCCGCAAGGCGUGUAAUGCGCCCGCCACUGGCUGCACUGCGGCAGGACUACCCCGCCCUGGCGCUCUACUGUGUGGUGGACCGCUCCUUCUACUGGGAGAGGAAGGGGGUGCCUGUGAGCAAUGCGCCGCUCGAGCAUGUGAGGACGGCCAAGAGUGGGGUUUGGGAUGA